GGUAUCAGAGAAGUUAAAACUCCAGUCUUUCCGAACGUAGAAAGAUCAUCAUAUGUAUACUUUCAACUUGAUAGUUUUAUAUCUCUCUAUCCUUUUAUCCAUUGUAAUCAUUAGUCAAAGUGAAAAUGAGAAAGAAAAAGAUCUUACGGAAGAAAAAUUAACAGAAGCUCGAAGGCGAUGUUGUUCUCCAGAUAAUCCGAAUACAUUCUGCACUCAAGAUAAGUGCUAUUUCUUACUGAGUAGAAAGAAAUCAUGGUCAGCUGCAAGAACCGCUUGCCGAAGAUUUUAUGAAGAUCUUCCCGAUCUAGUAGACAGUGUAAGCUUUAGCAGUGAAAAAGAGUUGAAAACAUUAUUAAAAAAAUCAUCAAUAAACUUCACAAAGUCGAAAGUAUGGACUAAUGGAAUCUGUUGUGGAUAUCUCAAUCUUGAGCAUAGAUGGAUAAAUGGUGAUCGGUUUGAGUUGAAAACAGACAAUAAACUUAGUGCCACAAAUAAGUUUUGCAGUUACUUGGCAUUAAAUAUUAAAGAUAAAUUAUUUAUACAUAAAAGUGAAACAAAUAAAUUCCAAGUUUUGUGCGAACUCAGAAUUACUAAGGAAAACGAAAAUACGUCAAUUGAAACUACGAGCGAAGUAUCUAAAACACCGGAUGUUACAUCGUCAAGUAUAACAAAAAAUACAAAAUCAAUAACUUCUUAUCAUCCAACGUCACCAACAAUAACAGAAGAAGUAAAAACGACACCAGAAGAAAUGCUUUACUGUGAAGGAAAAACAUUUCAAGGUAUUGAAUGGCCGAGAACUUGUGCUGGUAAAUAUGCUACCAUAAAUUGUCCGAAAGAAACAGUUGGAAAAGCUUUGUGGUAUUGCAAUAAGUCUGGACAUUGGGAGACAGAAGAACCGAAUUUGGAUGGUUGCAUUAGUUCUUGGAUUGAUCAAAUUAAUCAAGAGAUAAACCAAGGCAAAGAUACAACUCAAAUAGCAGAGAAGUUAUCACAAUUAUCUAAACAGGAUUUAAAAUUAGGCGAUUUGAAUGGCGUGAUGGAAACAAUUAAAAAUUUACUAAAACAUUUCGAUGCAAAUAACAGUAGUUUUGGAUCCGAGUCUUACACUGUUGUUACAUUUAGUAAAGCCAUAUUGAAAACAGGAAGUAACUUAUUAGACAAUAAACAAAAAUCUGGCUGGAAAAGUUUAUCAGGAGAAAAACGAGUCAAAACUGCUAAUGAUUUUAUGCAAAAAAUGGAGAACAUUGGAAGAAUAAUUGCUUGUGGAUCUAUUUCGAAUAAUGAAGAAAGUAUUGUGGAAGAAAAUUUAGCAUUACAGAACUUUUUUCUGAAAGAAAAUUCUCAAAUAUUAUUUCCUCGUUCGCGUGAUCUUAUGAAUACAUCGACUAGCAUUUAUCUACCAAAGAACUUGACACAUUACAAAUUACCUACUUGCACUUCAUUUCGAACUGGAUUUGGCAUUAUUUAUAAGAAUAUCGCGCCUUAUCUAUCAGAAGAUCAAGAAAAAUGGGAAAUUAAUUCGAAAACAAUUGGCUUCAAUUUUGGUGACAGCACUACUUCCAUUAAUCUACCGGAAGGAAUGCGCGUAGAGAUUACUCUAGAGCAUCUAUAUCCUGGAAAUUUUAAUACUACUUGUGUAUUUUGGAAUAUCGAAACGUUAAGAUGGGAUGGUACUAAUUGCUCGAUAAUAAAAUCGAAUAAGACUCAUACCAAAUGCGGUUGCUCUCAUUUAACUAACUUUGCAGUUUUGAUGGACAUUUCUGGAAACAUUGACAAAGACAAUGCAGUCAUGACUUACUUAACAUACAUAUGUUGUUCUUUAUCUAUCGUCUCGUUGAUUAUUACAAUUUGCUGCCUUUUGGGAUUCAGAGCCGUUCACAGUAGAAGAAGCACCAUAACGUGCAACUUGUGUUAUUGUUUAUUAAUUGUAAAUUUGAUAGUAAUAUUUGGUUUAGAAAGAACAGAAGUAAGGGUUAUAUGUAGUAUUAUAGCUGGAUUACUGCAUUAUGUUGCCACUGCUUCCUUUGUAUGGAUGCUGCUAGAAGGGUAUCAUCUAUACCAGAUGGUGAUUGUUGUCUUCCAUAAGAUAGAUACUAUUAAAUUCAGAUGGCUUUAUUUAUGUGGAUAUGGUACUCCAUUGCUGAUUGUAAUCUGUUCGGCUGCUAUCAAUCCAAACAGUUAUGGAAGAGACGAUUUCUGCUGGAUAUCAUAUGAACAAGGGUUCAUGUGGAGUUUCGCUGGGCCUGUAGCUGCUAUUAUAUUGGCAAAUACAGUUGUUUUAAUGAUGGCAUUACGCUCGGCAUCGAACGUGAAAAUGAAGACGUAUCAGACUAAAGUUAAAAAUGUCUUAGGGUGGUUGAAAGGUUCUUUUUCUUUAAUGUCCUUACUCGGAAUUACUUGGGUGUUUGGAUUUGUUUACGCCAGUGAAACAACACUCGACUUCGCUUAUGUAUUUAUCUUUUUUAAUGGUUUACAGGGUGUCUUCUUAAUGAUAUUUCAUGUCAUAUUAAACGAAAAAGUCCGCCAGUGUUUCAGACACAUCGUAGCGAGAAAGAAGGUUUCUCAUCACAUAUUUAUCAAUUCUCUUCGUACAACUACAUCUCAAAAUCCUCUCAAUUCGCAGUCAAUCCAACCGAGCAAAACAUCAUAUUUAUCUUCUCCACGUCGCUCAUCUGUUUCCCCAGUCACCGCAACGUUCACAGCUCACAUAUAAACUUUUAAAAAAUAUCUUUCUAUAUAUAUAUUUUUAUCAUCAUCACAGUCAAUGUAAAGGGGAACAAAUAAUAAGUUUUUU